ACACUUCGGUUGUGAGAACACGAGCAAUGGCCCAAAUUAACAACCGAACGAUGCCCUGAGGAACCUACCAGUAUUCAACACUCUGAUCUGAGAGGGCCGAGGAAAUGGGGAUUUUACAUUUGCUGGUGUUUGUGCUGCUCGGAGACAGAUUGGGUCCUACACAGUCAGACAUUUUAGCGAAGGCCCAAGCCAGCGAGCGACGCGUCUUGGCACACAUUCCUGGCGACAUCAUCAUCGGGGCUCUUUUCUCUGUCCAUCAUCAGCCGCCGGCCGACAAGGUUCACGAGCGCAAGUGCGGCGCUGUACGCGAGCAGUAUGGCAUCCAGCGGGUGGAGGCCAUGAUGCACACAUUGGACCGCAUCAACGCAGACCCGCACAUCCUACCCAACAUCACACUGGGCUGCGAGAUCAGAGACUCCUGCUGGCAUUCGGCCGUGGCUCUGGAGCAGAGCAUCGAGUUCAUCCGUGACACUCUAGUCUCAGCCGAGGAGGAAGAAGGCAUGUCUAAGUGUACAACCGAAGGUGGAGGGACUCCCAUGAAAGGGAAGAAGCCCAUUGUGGGGUUGAUCGGGCCUGGAUCCAGUUCUGUGGCCAUCCAGGUCCAGAAUCUCCUUCAGCUCUUCAACAUUCCCCAGAUUGCGUAUUCGGCAACCAGUAUGGAUCUCAGCGAUAAGUCUUUGUACAAGUACUUUAUGAGGGUGGUGCCUUCUGAUGCCCAGCAGGCCAGAGCGAUGGUGGACAUCGUCAAAAGAUAUAACUGGACCUACGUAUCUGCCAUUCACACUGAAGGGAACUACGGUGAGAGUGGAAUGGAGGCCUUCAAAGACAUGGCAGCAAAGGAGGGCAUCUGUAUUGCCCACUCUGACAAGAUCUACAGCAAUGCUGGAGAGCAGAGUUUCGACCGUCUUCUCGAUAAGCUCAGGAGCCACCUGCCCAAAGCUCGUGUGGUGGCAUGCUUCUGUGAGGGCAUGACCGUACGUGGCAUCCUCAUGGCCAUGAGACGCCGCCGCCUAGUUGGAGAGUUUCUGUUGGUUGGCAGUGCUUUUUCCACAGAGAUUGUGAAGAAAGAGUUGCUCCGACACCAGUACGCUCAGGACACGAAGAUGGGCUUUGUGAUCAAUGCCAUCUACUCUAUGGCUUACGGCCUGCACGCCAUGCAGAAGUCUCUGUGUCCCGGCUACGCAGGUCUGUGUGAAGCCAUGCGGCCGAUUGAUGGAGGUAAACUCUUAGAAUUCCUCAUGAGGACAAACUUCACUGGCGUCUCGGGAGAAGUGGUGCUGUUUGAUGAGAACGGAGACUCCCCGGGGAGGUAUGAAAUCAUGAACUUUAAACAGAUGAGUGAGGAGGACUAUAGCUACAUCCAUGUGGGCAGCUGGGACAACAGUGGGCUGAAGAUGGAUGACGAGGAGAUUUGGGCCAAUAGCAGUGCCAUCAUCAGAUCAGUGUGCAGUGAUCCCUGUGAAAAAGCUCAGAUAAAGGUUAUCCGUAAGGGUGAGGUGAGCUGCUGCUGGACCUGCACUCCGUGUAAAGAAAAUGAGUUUGUGUUUGAUGAAUACACCUGUCGUAUGUGCGAGCUUGGAUCCUGGCCUACAGAUGACCUCACAG